AUGACCGCGCUAAAACCUCAAAAGUGGUAUCCAGCUGAAGACGUUGCUGUCCCAAAGAAGACCAGAAAGACCGCUCGUCCACAGAAGCUACGUGCUUCUUUGGUCCCAGGUACCGUUUUGAUCUUGUUGGCUGGUCGUUUCAGAGGUAAGAGAGUUGUCUACUUGAAGCACAUGGAAGACAACACCUUGUUGGUCUCCGGUCCAUUCAAGGUCAACGGUGUCCCAUUGAGAAGAGUCAACGCUCGUUACGUCAUUGCUACCUCCACCAAGGUCGACUUGAGCGGUGUUGAUGUUGCUAAGUUCAACGUCGAAUACUUCGCCAGAGAGAAGCUAAACAAGAAGGAAAAGAAGGAAGCUCAAAUGUUCCCAGAAAACUCCUCCAAGCAAGUCAAGGCUGAACGUGUUGAAGACCAAAAGAACGUCGACAAGGCUUUGUUGGCUAACAUCAAGAAGACCCCAUUGUUGAAGCAAUACUUGGCUGCUUCCUUCUCUUUGAAGAACGGUGACAAGCCACACUUGUUGAACUUCUAA